AAAUUAGAUUUAAUUCCAGCUUAUAAAUAUAAUGUCAACUGAGGAUUUCUAUUUGCGCUACUAUGUGGGUCACAAGGGAAAGUUCGGCCACGAGUUUCUCGAAUUCGAGUUCCGCCCGGACGGCAAAUUGCGGUAUGCAAACAAUUCCAACUACAAAAACGACACCAUGAUCCGUAAGGAGGCGUUUGUACACCAAUCGGUGAUGGAGGAGCUAAAGCGCAUUAUAAUUGACUCGGAAAUAAUGCAGGAAGACGACUGUCCUUGGCCGCCUCCAGAUCGCGUUGGGCGCCAGGAAUUGGAAAUUGUCAUUGGCGACGAACAUAUAUCGUUUACUACCUCUAAGACCGGCUCCUUGGUGGAUGUGAAUAGGUCAAAAGAUCCGGAAGGACUACGUUGCUUUUAUUACCUGGUGCAGGAUCUCAAGUGCUUAGUAUUUUCACUUAUCGGCUUGCAUUUCAAAAUUAAGCCCAUUUAAUAAAACAAAAGGCAUUGACACCAAUUAAGAAUAAA